AUGGGAGCUGAUCACAGUGAUACAAAUGAAAUGAAGACAUAAUAAUAGUACCAAAUGUUUUUACUGCAAUAUUCGAAGGAAAGAGAAUAUGAUCACAACCAAUUUGGGUAGGUGAAGUUGUACAAUCACAAUCAAAAUAAUUCUAUGAUUUGCAUAAAGAAGUUGUAAAGUAAGAGUGAUACUGAAUUAACACAGAUAACAAACCAUUUGAGGAAGAGGAAAAUCUUUGUGCAUCCAAAUUUGGUUUAAUUACUGGCAGUUCGCACUUGUAAUGAAUAAUCGAUUUGUUCUGAUUCCAGUUUGGUGAUGGUUGUUUCAGAGUAUUUUCCAGACACACUAGAAAGUGAAUUGAAAAAGAGAAAGCAACCACUUAAGAAAUACCCUGAAUCUCAUAUUUGGCUAUUGAUUUAAUAAAUUGUAGAUCCAAUGGCAUUUUUGGAAGAAUAGAAGUAAGCUCAUGGAGAUAUCCAACCAUAAAACAUCUAUUUGGAUGAGAAUGGAAGUGUAAAGUUGGCAGAAUAUAACUAUUUUCCUGGAGGUUAGCAUGGGUUUCAGAAGAUGCUGCUAAGCAAGGAUAGAGCUUAUCUCUCUCCAAUAUUAUUAAACAAUUAUAGAAAUAUGAACUUUAAAGCUCAACAUAAUGAAUACAAAAGUGAUGUAUUUUCAUUUGGAAUGACGAUGUUGGAAGUUCUACUCUUAGAAGAAUCUUAUGAUUGCAUGGAUUUUUAGAAUGGUUGCAUAUCACAAAAUGUUGUCGAUUAAAAAUUACAAAAAGUAAAGAGAUCAGGAUACUCACAAUUAUUAACAAACUUUGUGAGAGAAUUGUUGUAAAUUGAAGAGAAUGCAAGACCAAGUUGGAAUGAUUUAAAACAGGUGAUUGAUUAAUUUAGAGAUAAAAUUUGCAACUUGAUUCCCUUCUUUCAAGAAAAACGACAAAUGUCUCCAAACAAACUUGUUUAUUCAUAAAGUUAUGUACCUCAAUAACAAAUACUCAGUUCACCUCAAUCAAAAAUACUAAGUUCUCCAAGAUAACCAUAAGUGUUAUAUCAGACAUAUCAUCAACCAUAACCAUUAUAUUAGACUAAACAGAUGCAACCAAUACCAAUGCAAUAAUCAAUCUAUUAUGAAUCAGGCUAGAAACAAGUGCCAAUUAAGAAGAUAACAAAAUUGGAUGAAACAGUAUCAAAAUAAGUGCAAUAACCAGAAAGCAAUUUGGAAAAGACUACUAUCAAAUAAGCUGAAACUAAAUGA